AUGGGAAAUAUCGAUAGUCGAAAUGAACGUUUUUACAAUUUGUGUGGAUUGGGAAAAGCUCAUUUAGUUGAAAAAAUGUUGGAAAAUGAUCGUGUUUAUCAUACAAUUAAUAUUGAUUGGCUAUCCUUUGAAACUCAAUCGACACCAUUGUUAAUUGCAUCAGCGAAUGGACAUGAUUUAGUGGUGGAAAUAUUACUACGUAACAAUGCCAAAAUUGAAGUGAAAGAUUCUCGUGACGCCUCACCACUUCAUCACGCAGCCCAACGGGGUUAUACAGAAAUAGCAAAAAAAUUAAUAAAAGCUGGUAGUGAAAUUAAUGCAAGAGAUAAACUAGGAUGGACACCAUUGAUGAAAGCUUGCUAUUGGGCUCAUCCUGAUAUUAUUUUGACAUUGCUAGAAGCUGGAACUGAUAUUGACGCUCAAACAGAACAAGGAAGAACAGCAUUACAUGAAUUAUGUCGUUCUCCUCCACCGCCAUUCCCCUCUUCUGUUGACAUUGAACCAAUGUUAGCUGAAAUAUGUUGUAUGUUAAUUGAAGCCGGUGCCGAUGUGAAUAAGAUCGAUAAUGAUCAAUUUACACCCUUGAUGUACGCUGCCUAUCAUAAUCAUCCGAGUGUGGCACUUGUUCUAUUAGAAUCCAAUUGUAAUAUGAAUGAUACGGAUAAACAAGGAUGGACAGCAUUACAUUGGGCAGUUGAUCGUGAUAAUAGUGAAAUUGUUCAAUUAUUAAUUGACAAAGGUUGUCGAACAGAUCUUUCAUCUCAACGUAAUGAAACUGUUUAUUCUCGAAUUAAAUCGACAAAAGUAAAAGAUAUUUUAAAACAUGUAAAACGUCUUUCAACAAUAUCUAUGUCAAUGACAAAUGUUUGUUUAUUAACAAAUGGAAAUGAUAAUCAUAUUGAUCAAGAUUUACUUAAAAAAUUAACACGAACAACAUCUGUAAUGGAUACUAGCCGACCAUUGCUCGCUAUUAAUGAACAACAGAGUCGUAGCCAUCAUACGACUACACCUGCACUGAGUUCAACUGAAGUUUGA